CAGUCAACCAGACAACCCCGGAAGUGCAAAAUCAUAGGAAAUGAUCGCUUGCAACAUUAUGCUAUUUCAGGAAAGGUAAAAUGUAACUAUUCAACGCGAAUAACAUUCUAAAGGAAACAAUCAAGACUCACCACAUUGUUAAUCGGUGUCGAUGAAUGACGGAUACAUCUUGAGUACUAGGGAAACGCAACAUUCUUCAGUGUUUGUGGAUAUCACUAUGCGACAUGUUUUGUAGUAUUUAGGCUAUUUCUUUAAUCUAUAGGGAUACGAAGACAUGGUGCUGUAUGUAAUUGAAUUGAAUUUUAGAAUAAAUAUAAAGGUAAAAUAACGCUAACAUUUGCAUAUUUUUCCACUUCCCAGAAUUACUACGUUCUGUGAUCAUUGCUGGUAACAAACAAGUUGGUGUUUUUGCGCUUUCCGUCAUUUCGAAUGAACGACUUAAUUUACUUUAGUAAGAAAUAGGGCACUGAAAGUGUCACCUAAAUUGGUCUUAAAAGAUCUGUUCAGAUACGCUAAAUCUUAACCUUGUUCAUAAAACGGCACAGAAAAGAACACAAGCAUGAGUUUCUUCAGUUUUGGCCAAAGUGCAGAAAUUGAUGUAGUUCUGACUGAUGCUGAGACGAGAAAGAAGGCUGAACAUAAGACUGAAGAUGGGAAGAAGGACAAAUAUUUCCUAUUUUAUGACGGGGAGACUGUGGCUGGAAAGGUCAACGUUACACUGAAGAACCCUGGGAAAAGACUGGAACAUCAAGGGAUAAAAAUCGAAUUUGUAGGCCAGAUUGAGCUGUACUACGACAGAGGAAACCAUCAUGAGUUUGUCUCCCUGGUGAAAGAUCUGGCUAGGCCUGGUGAGCUUACUCAGUCACAGACCUUCGACUUUGAGUUCACCCAUGUUGAGAAGCCCUAUGAGACCUACACAGGCCAGAAUGUGAAGCUACGGUAUUUUCUGCGUGCCACAGUGAGCAGGAGACUGAAUGACAUCAGUAAAGAGAUGGAUAUCGUGGUGCACACACUCAGCACGUACCCAGAGCUCAACUCGUCAAUAAAAAUGGAAGUUGGGAUCGAAGACUGUCUCCACAUUGAGUUUGAGUACAACAAAUCCAAGUACCACCUGAAAGACGUCAUUGUGGGUAAGAUCUACUUCCUGCUGGUGCGGAUUAAGAUCAAGCACAUGGAAAUUGACAUCAUCAAACGGGAGACAACUGGCACCGGUCCUAGUGUAUACCACGAAAAUGACACCAUCGCCAAAUAUGAGAUCAUGGAUGGGGCUCCUGUUCGGGGAGAGUCAAUUCCAAUCCGGUUGUUUCUGGCUGGCUAUGAGAUGACCCCCACAAUGCGAGACAUCAAUAAGAAGUUCUCUGUGCGUUACUACCUUAAUCUGGUGCUGAUUGAUGAGGAGGAAAGACGCUACUUCAAACAGCAGGAAAUCACACUGUGGAGGAAAGGGGAUGUGGUGAGAAAGAGCAUGUCGACCCAGGCCACCAUCGGAGCCCAGCGGUUCGAGGGCUCAGCCAGUUCGGAGAGUGCUCUGGAGAAGGCGGCGAGGGAGGACAGCGGCUAAAGCUGCCUCCACUCAUUCUCCUCACAGAAGACUGGCAGUGUCUGCGGAAAAGUAGUGGGGGCAUCUGUCAGCUCACAUGAUCACUGAUAAAGUAGCCCUCUAUUUAUUAGGGCUGCUGAAUAAAGGGAUGAAGGGAAGACUGGAGGUAAACACCUGAACAAUGAAAAAGAAGCCUGCAUGAGGUAUUACAGGGGCCUAAAAUUCCACUGCAGGUCAACUCCCUCAUCAUCAACACACAUAUCCAGUGAAAGUAAAGCCGGCCACUUGUUUAGAUCUCCCCCUGUGCGUGAUACCCCCAAAAAUGUAAUAUUAUACUAUUAUCUGUCAUCUUCAAAUGAUCAACUUUCUUUGUCACAAAAUAUAUAUUUCUAGCUUUAGCUUUAUAUAUGAAUGGAUUCUAACUCCGUAUACAAAACUGUAUGGUCAUAGGGAGUUGAAAUCCUGAGUAACAGCGAUGCAUUUUGAAAACAUUCCAUACCCAGUCAAAUGCAUUCCUGACAUUUUGAUUUGGUCUGUCAUAAUGAAAUCUGAAAUUCUAACUUUGCACUGAUAUGUAUACAUCGCUCCUCCGCAUACACAUUCUCUCAGUCCUUGUGUAAUGAUUGCACAGUGAGAUCAAUGGAAGGUUUCUAUUGCAUUGUGUCUAAUUUCUUUGUUGAGUGAGAGGGCUGGAUAAAGUAUUACUAACCCAUUAAUUUUUUUAUCCUGCAAAUAAGAGCUAUUGAAUCUCACCCUCUUAUGCCGUUAAACCGUCAUACAGUGAAAAGCAUACAGACGGUGCUACAAUAUGACCAUUCCAUUCACAUGCUUUACCUAAGCAUUCCAAUAGUGUUAGGCAGGGAUUUUAGGUGCUUGUAUUUGAGGUCUGAUAGUAAGAAGUCUUCUGUAUAUUUCAUGUUAGACUUGAAAUGUCGUGCCUAAGUGUAUCUAGCAAAUGAAAUCCUGUUGCCUCAAUACGUUUAACACACAUCUUUUAGCCUGAGGUUUUCCUGUAUUUUUUGUGCUCUGCAAAUUACUAAUCUAUUGAUGCCAAAUGCAUUGUUAUCCACAGACUCGUUUUGGUAUAGGAAUAAGUUAAUGUGUGCACCUGAUAAAUAUUUCAAUGGACUGA